AUGCACCCUGACGCACUGCUCCGUGGGAUGGGCUCCGGGCGCACCGUGCAGCAGCGGCAGCAGACCAGCAGGCUGCCCCUCUACAUGAUGCAGCUCUACCGGACUAUGCUGACCGAGGACCGGGCCAAGACUGCGGCUGCUAGCGUGAGCCAGACCAGGACGGAGGACAACCCCGGUCUGCACGACUCCGACUCUGUGACCAGCCUUGUCGCUAAAAGCUGCCAUCAGAUUGGCAAGAGGUGGUCCAUCACCUUUGACAUGUCCUCCGUGUCUGCAAGUGACAAUGUCCAGUUGGCUGAACUUCGAAUCCGCCUGCCAGCCUUCACCGAGUCUUCCCGGGCCUCAGUGGACGUCUACCACUCCCACAGGGACCGGUGCUCCGGCGUGCGCUGCCCAGAGAACAGGCUGUUCCUGGGCCACCUGAGAGCUCACCCCAGUUCGAUGGUCUCCCCCUCCUCCUGGAAAGUGUUCAACAUGACCAAGAUGCUCCACCGCUGGCUGAGGCAGGAAGACUCAGCACAGAGGGUGGAGGAGGAUGAGGCUGAGGUGAGAGAGGAGCAAGAGCAGGAGGGAGUCCAGCACCCUACAGCUGACCGGGUCAUGAUGGUGGUCUACUCGAGGCAGAGCCCUAACAGCCAGCGAAUGCCAACACUCAUCCGCACAGCGGAGCACUCCAAGUACGUCAGCCUGGACAGGGAGCGAGUGACGGCUGGCUCAAGCUCCAGCGCGAGGAGCCACAGGGCCAAGAGGCACCACCAGACCCAGCAGCAAAGACGGAGAGUGGCUGGAGCCGCUCCUGCUGACACGCCCGCAGAGGUGGGGACCAAGGGUCCUCUCUGCAGAAAGGUGGACAUGUGGGUGGACUUUGAGAAGCUCGGCUGGAGCGAGUGGAUUGUUUAUCCAAAACGCUACAAUGCCUACCGCUGUGAAGGGAGCUGUCCUACACCAGUAGAUGAGACCUUCAUCCCAACCAACCAUGCAUACAUGCAGAGCCUACUGAAGCUUCACCACCCGGACAAGGUGCCGUGUCUGUCCUGUGUGCCAACACGCCUGGCGCCGCUUUCCAUGUUGUACUACGAGAACGGAAAGAUGGUCAUGCGGCAUCACGAGAGCAUGGUGGUGGAGGAGUGCGGUUGUCACUGAGCAGAAGACUUGGAAACCUUUUAAAGAAGGUUGGAAGUCAGAGAAACACUGGGCCGUAGAAACGGACCCACGGGCCCAGAACAGUCUACAGCCACAGGUCUGAGCUACUCAGAGGCACAAAGUGGAUGUAUGUCCACAGGCACUUUGCAUUGAUGUCCAGUUUGACACUGGGACCCAGGCUGCUGCUGUGAUGCAGGACAUGAAAGAAGAGAACUACUGUAUAACCUGGACACUGCUUUCUAAAUUGUGGGCAUAAUGAAUGGAGAGUUUUGAAUUGUUGGUACUUUUUGUAGAAGAUUAAGUGACCUAAGUUGUGCCUUUGAUUGCAAGUGGAUUGGAUGUAGGACUGAUUAUGGUAAUGGGCUGAUCCAGUCAAGAU